AUAAUAACCAGGAUGAUUUUUUUUUUUGGUUUUUUUGGGGGUUUUGGUGGGAGGCAUCUGCCCUGUCAGAUAUUCCUUCUCUGAUUUCAUUAUUUCGAGCGAUUGAAGCGCCUCCAAAUGCAAAAAUAAAGGGCGGAAAAGAAAGGAAAAUGGAUGUAUUAACUUUCGGAAUCAUAGUCGCUAUAAUCGUGCUUUUCUUCGGGGCUGUCUUAUGCAUCACCUGGGAAGGCGUCUGCAAGCGCCGUUCUACUUGAUUCUUAACACACUUCUAAGAAGUCUUUAAACCCUGAACCUCGCCUGCUCCUCACUCCUCCUCAUUCCUCACUCGUCUUGACAGAAAGGGGAAACAGGAAGAAUGUGGUCUCCCAAAAGCCAGAUCUUGGCAGUGCUGAUUGUGGCUAUGAUGUUGGGUAUGUGUACAGGGAACGAGCAUCUCCAUUCUGGGUCAUGUGCAGCUGGGGUCCCCGACGCUCAAGCUCAUCACCACUGUGAUCACGAGCACGAUCACAUUCAUGAUACUCAUAAUCAUGAAUAUCAUGCGCAUGGUCAACGUCAGCGUGAGGGGCUGAUUGGGUUCAAGCUUCCGGAGGAACUAGCCGAGGAGGAAGAUUUGAAAUUGUAUGGACUCGGGUUCCGCAAUGAUCAUGAUCAUGAUCAUGAUCAUAGUCAUGGUCAUGUGUCUGAGCCCGAGCUGUCCGGUGUAGGCUUGUGGGUUCAUGCAAUGGGCUGCUCACUGUUGGUUAGCUUGGCUUCCCUUAUUUGCCUGAUUAUUUUGCCACUUAUACAAGGGAAACCAUCCAAGGCAGUUGUUGAUUCAUUGGCUACAUUUGGGGCUGGAGCUAUGUUGGGGGAUGCUUUUCUUCACCAAUUGCCACAUGCUUUUGGUGGUGAACACUACCACUCACACGAUCAUCACCAGGAGCAUGUGGAUCAUCUUCAUCUUGGACAUGAGCAUUCUCAUUCGCAUUCUUUGAAAGAUCUAUCUGUUGGAUUGUCAAUUUUGGCUGGAAUUGUACUAUUUCUAAUUGUGGAGAAGGUUGUGAGAUAUGUUGAAGAUGUAUCUGGAGGAACUAAUAUGCGGGGUCAUAGUCAUCAUCACCAUCAUCAUAAUAAAAAUGGUAAAAGGUUGAAGAAUGAUCAGGAUGAUCAUGGUAAUGAGGCAGAGUCUCUUAAUGAUGAGAAUAGAGGUGCAUUGGGAAUGUCACCUAAAGAAAAAGUGUUGGAUGAAGCAUCUGAUGAUUCUUUAAAUGGAGAAAAAAAAACUCAGUAUGAACUUCUUCGGAAGAGAAACAUAAAUGCUGGUGGAGGAGAUGAUAAACCUGGUUUAGAUGUUGCAAAUGAUUCCGCCAAUAAUUCCAAAUCCCUGAAUGAAAAAGAACCUGCUGCUCAGUCUCCCUCAAGUCUUGUGUUUGGCUAUCUCAACCUUUUCUCUGAUGGUGUUCACAAUUUCACCGAUGGGAUGGCACUAGGAAGUGCUUUCUUGCUUUAUGGAUCUGUUGGCGGGUGGUCCAGAACUGUAUUUCUGCUAGCACAUGAGCUUCCUCAAGAGGUUGGUGAUUUUGGAAUUUUGGUGAGAUCUGGUUUUAGCAUCCCCAAAGCUCUCUUCUUUAACUUUCUUUCUGCGCUGGUGGCACUAGCUGGAACUGCAUUGGCUUUGCUCUUAGGACGAGUCCAAGGACAGUCGUCGUUGAUUGAGGGAUUCACAGCUGGUGGAUUUAUUUACAUUGCGGUUGCCGGAGUUCUUGCUGAAAUGAAUAACAAUGAAACGUCAACACUGAAAAAUACAGCAGUCCAGUUAACCUCACUAAUGUUGGGCAUGAUGGUUGCCCUUUCUAUUUCCCUCGUAGAAUGAAAAUAGGAUCACCAAAGUGAAAAACAAAAAUAGGAAAAGAAAAAAAGAAAGCAGUUGUACGGCUAUGAUAUAAGUUUCAACCUCCUCUUCACUUUCUACUCAGCUAUCUCUUGUGAUUUCUAUUCUGUUUUGCUGUUUUUUGGUACGUCAAAAGUGGGAAAGGAAAAAAAUGAAAUGAAGAAAAUGGAACCAAACAAGGUUAGGACUGAUUGGCUUAGGAGACGAUGAGAGGUAAAAUGCGCCAGCUGCCUGACAAAUCUCUGAACUUGCGCUGGGCACUAUGACCAUAACCAGAAGGGUGCAAAAUGAACUACAUUCCCAGAUGGACGAUGCACAAAGAAUCUCACAUACGUAAUAGGUCUUUCUUUUAUAUUAAUGAGAUGUGGAUUGAUUGAUGUUAACUUAAUUUUGGAUUUCUGUUGAAUUGCGUUGCUAUGCUUAGACUGUAGACAUGUUAAAUGGGUGGGCAUCAAUUAAGAUGUGUAGGGUGAAAAUGAGUUUGGUAUAUAUUAAUUAUUUGCAUAAUCCAAUCAAA